CUCCAAAUAACAUUCCUAUUGAGUCGUCUACAUAAUUAAAUAUCUGCCGGUAAAAAGGGUGCAUGUCGCAUACAAAUUUUGAAUAGAACUCAGCCAGACUCCAGAUGUUCUCUACGGAAUAAAAACAUGGUCUUCUCAUGACGCGCCAGUGAACAGACCUCGUAUAACGCAACCAUAACUUUUCUCUCAAUAUCGUAUAAGGACGCUCAUGAACCAAAGAAGAUGGUAGUCAGCUUUCUAAAUAAUAAGGUGUUCUCCUCUUUCGGCCAAUAUCCUUUGACGAAGGAAUUUUCCAACCAAAAAAUAACUCCUAUUCUCACGAUCAGCUGCGGCCUUGUUUACGCUGGUCUAUUAGCAUUCAACAUUCUGACCCAAGGCCAUGGAGAGACGUCAGAGUCUCUACUUUUAUCAUAUCCAGAAAACAAAAUCGACGAGAACGGAACUGGAACGAGUUGUGGACCGGCUUCCUUGAGGCUGGGCGACGAUGUCUACACAGUCCAGCCGGGGAAUGUGGAGAACGAUCCCGAGGGCCUGGGGGCUGCUCAGGCGCCUGGCUCUUUCCAAUGGACCAUUGGUGAUAUUUCGCGAUCUUCGGCUGCAGCUUGGGGCAAAGUUUACACAGGCUUCUUGUAUGAUGGUGAUCCAAUGUCUUGCAAUGUAACCUCUGCAUCCUUCACCUACCAAUUUCAGGAUACCAAUUACAAAUACAGCCUCUGUGGACUUUGUUUCUUACCAACCUACGAAUUUCGUGUCAAGUUGUGCACGACUUUUGACCUGUCAACAACCAAUUUACCAAACUUUGCCAAGGACCUCCAGCAAAGCUUGCAAAGUCGCUUGGGGAACAUGGACUCAGCCUAUCGAAACCUGUCAUUUGAGCCUCACACACUACCCCUAUCCGCAUACCCCCCUUAUUACAGCCAAGACCAGAUAGACGUGUAUGGAAAUAAAACCUUAACAAGCAGCGACUUCACUCAGCUUUCCAUCUGGAUCGGGGACAUUAACUUUGUGCCUUUUGUCAAAAAUAAGCCCCUCCAGAAUACCAAUCAUUCUGAUGGGACACCUCAAGGAAAUAUCUUCAUCCAUAGAUCUGAUAAACCCACAGAUUUCUUUAGUGCUUUCAAGAUCACUGGAGAUACUAGCGCUUCCGGGUUCCAAUUCUCAGUUUUGGGGGUCGGUGGUGUUCGUCCGCUUGGAAGCGAAUACAAUCUUGGGAGCAUACCCGCUUCCCUUUCUGAUCUCUUCCAGACCUCGCUUUCCACACUCGGUUGGAUGAUGAACGCCGCGUCAGCUGAUCUCAAUGGGCGCUCUAUUGGUGCCACAUAUCUAUGCACAAGAACACGGAAAAAGUGGAAACCUUUCAUCACUCUUGUGUCUGUGGCUGUCGGCAGUUCUUCCGGAGUGUUUGGGGCCUUCCUUGCGUUCAUGAUAUUUUUGGCACGCAAGUACGACGAGCGAAGUCUUGCAGAAUCGGAAGCUAGACAUGUGGCUGAGGAUUUGGAAGAAGGAGUGAAAGACCCAACAAUGAGGAAAGAAUGUCUGAUUAUAUCUCAAGUCUCAUGAGGAAAACCGAUUUCCAGCACUUAAUAAUUCCUUGUUGAGGCAUCCAAUGUCUAAUCGUGGCAAAUAUAAGUUUGUCCAGAAGUUUGGCAUUUUUCUCACUUCUCACAACAACAAAAGAAGUCUCCAAGGAAAACCUGCACCGAAGCAAAUUAAGCUGUAUUUUUACGCCCACAUGCGACCUUCGAGAUCAUUUCCACUUUGUUUGAUCACAUCAUUUUCUCUUGCUUUUUGAAGAUAAUCUGUUCGAUAUUGCACUAAAAC